UUUUAAGUCUGAAAGGCAGCGACUGCAGGGAUUAUGACGUGCUGGCGGCCAGGGCCUCGGGUGCUGCCUGGAGUCUCCUGCGUGUCUCUGCUCCUUUGAUGUCAGCAUCGGGGGUGGGAGCAGGGCCCACGCAUUCCCCCUUUGGCCUGGGUGGGAACAGGGGAGGUGGUGGGCAGGGCCAGAAGGGCUUACUGGGAUUUUCUUUCUCUCUGUCACUCCAGAGAAAGGUGGUAAAGAACACUUGUUUCAGUUUGAGGACUGAGAAUGGUGCAUACUAACUGCUGAGGAACACGGUGAAUGGAGUUAUGGUAAUUGCACGAUUGGCGUGAAGGGGUGAGAGAAGUUCCAGAUUGGUCGAUUAAAAUGUGAGUUAUUUUUAGUGUCUCCUAAGGAUUUCCAUCACCAGUUGCUCCUCCAGCCAUCAUGUAAUUACCACCCCAGAACUAGGCUUCCAAACUUCCAGAGAACACUGCAUCUUUCGAAUUUUGGAGGUUAGGCUCCAAAAUUUGCAUAUUUAGGCCACAGCCUAAAUUCACUGACACUUGUGUUCCCACAAAAGCCAGGCAGCUUCUUGGAGUAUGUACUUGUGACUUAGUAAGAAUGUCUUAGGAAACUCGCUUGGACUAGAAUGGUUUUACCUUUCUUUCAGACUUGGGAGGCUGCAUUCUGAUAAUUCUCAGGAGGAAGAAUGUGUAGGAGAGACCAGGGUUUUUAAGGUGUGACCUCUGAAACACCUACAUCAGAGCCGACUGCCUCUCGGUGCAUAUCCCCAGGCUUCAGCUCUGAGCUCUGAAACUGACUUUCUGGGCUUGGGACCUGGAAUUCUUUGUCUUUGUAAAGCAUGCCAGGUGAUCCUUACAAGUAUAAAGUUUGAGAACUGAUGUGGUGUUCUGGGCCUUGUAACUACUGGGGCUUCUGGUGAUUCAGUUAGAAAGUUAGCAGCUCCUGUCUGAAGGGUCAAGGGCAGAAUGAGGGGAGGCCUUGAGGCAGUAUGAGCCCUGUGGACCCUAGGAGGUCUGGGAGCACAUGUCAAAAGAGGCCUUUAUGUGCGCCUUUUGCUUCUGUCAGAUUAAACAAAUAACUUGGCACGUCUGGUAGUGGGCAUGGCCAUGCAUCACAUGCAGAACUGGUGUGAUGGACCAUAUUUUCUCAUAUUUCACAGAAUUCACUGGCUGGGCACGAUCCACAAAGUCCUAACCCAUCCCAAACCCUGGAACCCUUUCCAUGACGGUUUAUUCUCAUUUGUUCAGGAGACACAUUUCUUCUGUUUUCAUGUGGAAUGGGCUUUGUUCCUCUCACGGCCGGCAGAGGUUAAAUUAAAGGGGCCAGAAAAUGCUGAGCUGUGACUAGGAUUGGGGGGCCAGUAGGCAUUUAUUGGCCCCGUUUGCUUCUUUCUUCCCUUUUUUUCUCUGCCUCCUCAGUCAGGGGGUCCAGGACUAUCUCUCCAGGGGCAUUUCUGGUCUGUGGAGACUUGCCUGAAGGCACCUGGAAGAGUCUGGGCUGAACUCUAGAUGCCUCAGGCUCAAAUCUCAUAUUAGUGAGGGAAGAAAAUUCUAAAUGUGUAAAUGGUACCUGUAAGUCACCUACAAAUAAUUUUUUUUCCUUUCCUGUGCUGUGUCUGGGAGCCAGCUUCUGAGUGUUGUCAAGGUAGUCCUGUGGCUUGAGACUGGUGAUGUGCCGUUGCCAACAAUGGCUGUGUAAUUCUGAGCAGUUGUUCAGCACUCAAGCGGGAUGAGAAUGGCAAGGAGUGCUCUGGGUGGCUUUUGACAAGGGACCCCGCCUGUCAUUCACUCAACAGGUGUUUGAGGAGCCAGUCUGUCUCCGUCAUCUGUUCCUGCCUUACUUAGAUGGAAAAUAAUGAAAUCUGUGUAGGAAGGGAGGAAAUUCUCUGAAGAGGACACUUUACCUGCUGGGAACACUGAGCCCCAGUGACUCAAUAAUUUGCCCAGACAUCAGCCGCUAAGGGGUGGCAUCUGGAGAUGAACCAAGACUCUCUGGUGCCUGGAUUUUUAGCAAGCAUGUUCAGCGGGACCUGUUUCAAAAAACAGCCAUUUGACUGGUCUUCUUAUAUCUGGGCCCAGGACUUCUUGAUGUCAGCUUUGGCGCUGACCACAAUGCUGAGCAGGAAGCAGCAGCUGCGGGCCCAGUGACUGGCAGCUCAGUGACCAGCAGCCCAGUGACUGGCAGCCAGGUCCUCACCUGGGUCCUCUCAGUGAAGCCAGGGUGGCCGCCCCAGCAGACAGUGCUACAGAGCCAACUCCUGACAGGUGCUGCAGUGCAGUAAAUGUAAUUUGAAGAAGGCAGAAGGAACCCAUGGCUUUAGCCGGCUGCCCAGAUUCCUUUUUGCACCAUCCGUACUACCAGGACAAGGUGGAGCAGACACCUCGCAGUCAACAAGACCCGGCAGGACCAGGACUCCCCGCACAGUCUGACCGACUUGCGAAUCACCAGGAGGAUGAUGUGGACCUGGAAGCCCUGGUGAACGAUAUGAACGCAUCCCUGGAGAGCCUGUACUCGGCCUGCAGCAUGCAGUCAGACACGGUGCCCCUCCUGCAGAAUGGCCAGCAUGCCCGCAGCCAGCCUCGGGCUUCAGGCCCUCCUAGGUCCGUCCAGCCACAGGUGUCCCCGAGGCAGAGGGUGCAGCGCUCCCAACCUGUGCACAUCCUCGCUGUCAGGCGCCUUCAGGAGGAAGACCAGCAGUUUAGAACCUCGUCUCUGCCGGCCAUCCCCAAUCCUUUUCCUGAACUCUGUGGCCCUGGGAGCCCCCCUGUGCUCACGCCGGGUUCUUUACCUCCGAGCCAGGCCGCUGCAAAGCAGGAUGUUAAAGUCUUUAGUGAAGAUGGGACAAGCAAAGUGGUGGAGAUUCUAGCAGACAUGACAGCCAGAGACCUGUGCCAGUUGCUGGUUUACAAAAGUCACUGUGUGGAUGACAACAGCUGGACACUAGUGGAGCACCACCCGCACCUAGGAUUAGAGAGGUGCUUGGAAGACCAUGAGCUGGUGGUCCAGGUGGAGAGUACCAUGGCCAGUGAGAGUAAAUUUCUAUUCAGGAAGAAUUACGCAAAAUACGAGUUCUUUAAAAAUCCCAUGAAUUUCUUCCCAGAACAGAUGGUUACUUGGUGCCAGCAGUCAAAUGGCAGUCAAACCCAGCUUUUGCAGAAUUUUCUGAACUCCAGUAGUUGUCCUGAAAUUCAAGGGUUUUUGCAUGUGAAAGAGCUGGGAAAGAAAUCAUGGAAAAAGCUGUAUGUGUGUUUGCGGAGAUCUGGCCUUUAUUGCUCCACCAAGGGAACUUCAAAGGAACCCAGACACCUGCAGCUGCUGGCCGACCUGGAGGACAGCAACAUCUUCUCCCUGAUCGCCGGCAGGAAGCAGUACAACGCCCCUACAGACCACGGGCUCUGCAUAAAGCCAAACAAAGUCAGGAAUGAAACUAAAGAGCUGAGGUUGCUCUGUGCAGAGGACGAGCAAACCAGGACGUGCUGGAUGACAGCAUUCAGACUCCUCAAGUAUGGAAUGCUCCUUUACCAGAACUACCGAAUCCCUCAGCAGAGGAAGGCCUUGCUGUCCCCGUUCUCGACACCAGUGCGCAGUGUCUCCGAGAACUCCCUCGUGGCAAUGGAUUUUUCUGGGCAAACAGGACGCGUGAUAGAGAAUCCGGCGGAGGCCCAGAGCGCAGCCCUGGAGGAGGGCCACGCCUGGAGGAAGCGAAGCACACGGAUGAACAUCCUAGGUAGCCAAAGUCCCCUCCACCCUUCUACCCUAAGUACAGUGAUUCACAGGACACAGCACUGGUUUCACGGGAGGAUCUCCAGGGAGGAAUCCCACAGGAUCAUUAAACAGCAAGGGCUCGUGGAUGGGCUUUUUCUCCUUCGUGACAGCCAGAGUAAUCCAAAGGCAUUUGUACUCACACUGUGUCAUCACCAGAAAAUUAAAAAUUUCCAGAUCUUACCUUGCGAGGACGACGGGCAGACGUUCUUCAGCCUAGAUGACGGGAACACCAAAUUCUCUGACCUGAUCCAGCUGGUUGACUUUUACCAGCUGAACAAAGGAGUCCUGCCUUGCAAACUCAAGCACCACUGCAUCCGAGUGGCCUUAUGACCGCAGAUGUCCUCUCGGCUGAAGACUGGAGGAAGUGAACACUGGAGUGAAGAAGCGGUCUGUGCGUUGGUGAAGAACACACAUGGAUUCUGCACCUGGGGACCCAGAGCGAGAUGGGUUCGUUUGGUGCCAGCCGACCAAGAUUGACUAGUUUGUUGGACUUAAACGACGAUUUGCUGCUGUGAACCCAGCAGGGUCGCCUCCCUCUGCGUCGGCCAAAUUGGGGAGGACAUGGAAGAUCCAGCGGAAAUUUGAAAAUAAACUGGAAUGAUCAUCUUGGCUUGGGCCGCUUAGGAACAAGAACCGGAGAGAAGUGAUUGGAAAUGAACUCUUGCCCUGGAAUAAUCUUGACAAUUAAAACUGAUAUGUUUACUUUUUUUGUAUUGAUCACUUUUUUGCACUCCUUCUUUGUUUUCAAUAUUGUAUUCAGCCUAUGGUAGGAGGGGGAUGUGGCGUUUCAACUCAUAUAAUACAGAAAGAGUUUUGAAUGGGCAGAUUUCAAACUGAGUAUGGGUCCCCAAAUGUUCCCAGAGGGUCCUCCACACCCUCUGCCGACUACCACGGUGUGGAUUCAGCUCCCAAAUGACAAACCCAGCCCUUCCCAGUAUACUUGAAAAGCUUUCUUGUUAAAAUAAAAGGUGUCACUGUGGUAGGCAUUUGGCAUGUUUUGUGGACUCAGUCAAGCAACCACAGUCUGUUAAUCAUUUCUCUAUGCUCAGAUGUCAGAUCCUCUUGUUAUUAGUGUGUCUUGUUCUGCACAGUGCAGGAGACUUUAUUCCUUUGGAAAAUUCACUGUUCCACAAACAGCAGGCUGAAUGGCCUCGCCUCUAGAUUGACGUGGGCCAGCCUCCUUGAGACACACCUGGCACCCGUCAUCGGCCAGCGGUGGAUGCUGCAUAAUCCACCUGGGUACUUCAGCCUUGCGUUUCCACAGCCUUCAGCCUGUUCUAGAACGAUCACUGCCUUACCCCUGCUGCUGCAGUGGUGUGAGUCGUUUCACGGCUGAUGUCCCUCGGGGGAUUAAAGGAUCUAAAGAGAAAAUGGCACCUGGUUGUCUUCGUGCUGUGUCUCAUGGGUUUCCAUGGUGAUAAAGACAAGGAAACGCUGCAGGGGGCACAGGCACAGGCUGAUAUUUAAAGAUCUUUGCUUGCAGCCCUCCGUCCUGCUGAAAACCCCCAUAAGCCAGUGAACACAGAGCAGCUAGAGGCUCCUCCUCUGCUGGCUUAGGGUCAGAAGUACCUCACAGUGGUUGUGGACAUGGAAGAGUUUUGUCAGCACAACACUUUGUCCCCGCUCCGGGAGAUGAGUCAGAUGGUGGCUUGAGUUGUCACUUGGUCCCCUCCACCCCUCGGGUGGCCCCCUUUGCCACGUCCCCUUAGCUUAGUGAUCAGGUGUGAGAGUGGCCAUUUCCUUACCUUUGAUCCCUGUAAAGCAGAAAGGACUCCUUUGACAAGCAACAAACUACUGUGGUGAGCAGAAUGAUUUCCUUUUUCAAGACAACACCUGCCUGGCUUCUAUUAAUCUGUGCUGGCCACGAUAUUGCCCCAAAUCCGCCCCACUGAAGUGCUCCCUAAGGAACAGCAUUUCUCUGCUCCUCAGUCAACCCACGUAGCCUAGAGCAGUGUCACGAGCUUCAGUAAGGCCAAUCAGCUGGAAGUCAGUCUACCAUAUAGUAACACUGUAUUUCAGUCUACAGACCACACUCUAGUUGUUUUCCAUGAAAGGUAUACAAAUGAAGAAUUUUCUAGCAAAACAUGUUUUUAACCAUCAGUGCUCAAUUGCAUUUUCUUCCUUUCGCAGCCAGUCAGUCUUUCAAACUAUUGACAGUAAGAUAAUUCUCACGUUCACACCUGGCGGCAGGCUUCACUGUAGGGACGGACAUUGCAGUUACACCACGAUUCCUUCCUCUUCACUGGCUCGAGGUAAACCCUUUUCAAGGAAAAUCAACUCUAGGAUUUCUUUUUUCUGUGUACGUAGACCAGUCCCAUCAGUGUAUAAUCUCUCUCUUUCAUGCCUCUCUCCAAUAGACAGCUUGUAUUUGCAGUAUUUCGUAUUUAUAAAUAUGCGUUUAUUUAAAAGGAGAACAAAAGCUUGACUCUGAUUCACAGUUUUGUAUGUAGCUGGUUUGACGUAGUCUUUUGUAUUUUCCCUGCCGAAGUGAAUUGUUGGAGAAUGUAAACCGCCUCCGCGUGGCGGCAGACUUCCUAAGGCCCCAGCUCGCUGGCCUCGCGCUGGGCGGCUGGGAAUUCCACCUGAGAACAAGUCCUGCAAACCGGGGACGGAAGGACAUUUGACUUUUAUUUUUGUAUUUAAUUGACAUGAAUGUAAAGGGGACAGCUCAGGGUUGUUUUGGAGCCUGUUGACUUUGUAUCUCUGCCUGUGAUUUUCUUUUCUAAAUGAAACUCCAUGUAGCAACCGGGACGAAGUUGAGAAGGAAAACGCCAAAUGCUUUGGUUAUUAGAGUUUAAUAGGUAAGCUCUGUUACACUAGGUGUUAGAGUUCCAGAAUGUUCUUUUGUUUGCUAAACCUUGAAGAAACAUGUGCCUCAGCCUAGAUGUUUUGUCUUCUCUUUUCUGCACUUAAUACCUGACAGUAUGACCGAUCUCUGCGCCUUUCUGGGGGCGGGCAAGCUGGCGGUAGAUUUGUGAUGUCACAGUGCGAACUGCAGUGACUGUAAAUUGGCCUGGCGUGUAUAAACGUUUUCAGGGAAUGCAGAAGGUAUUAAUGAAGAGACAAAACCUUUAUUCCAUGUGCUUUGCUUCAUUCUGUACAUAGCUCUUUGGCUCGUGAACCUAAUUGUAAACUUUCAGGUAUUUUUGUACAAAUAAGGGACUGAUGUUCUGUUUCUUGUAAUUAGAAAUAAACAUUAAUACAGUGUUCUUCA